GUCGACACCCUAAACACACGGCCAGCCUGCACUUUUCGCUGCUGAUGACUUUAAUAAACGUGGGAUAUUAGUCGUGCGUAAUUGGAUACUUGCGCAGUCGAUGAGUUUCCAACAGACCGGGUUUGCCAGCAGCUCUGUCAGACACCGAGUAACACGCCGUUAUAACUGUUCCUGAACAUAGUGCAACUUUUGCGCUGUGUUUACGCCCGCCUCGAUUCUGAAUGGCCAGGAUGGUUGUUGUCCAUUUCUUUUCCUACAGCCACGACUGUAAAAAUAGUUGUAACUUAAAGCUUACUCUGCAUGAUCAAAAUAACCGUUUCACAACAUGGUUUGUUUUUGUGCACUGGACGCCCUGAGCUCGUCAGAGAGAGGUCUGUCAUCUCAUAUUACAAGUCAAGUGCUAGUUUUGCAAGUGGCCCGUCGCAGUUCAGGCAGUUCAGGCAUAAGCUGAAAUCUUCACAGAAGGACAAGGUACGACAGUUCAUGUCCUUCACGCAAGCGGGGGAGAAGACAGCUGUGUACUGCCUCACUCAGAAUGACUGGAAACUAGAAGUGGCCACCGACAACUACUUCCAGAACCCAGAUCUCUACUUCAAGGAAUCCAUGAAAACCUCAGUCGACAGAAAGAAGCUGGAGCAGCUCUACAACAGAUACAAAGAUCCUCAGGAUGAGAAUAAGAUUGGAAUUGAUGGAAUACAACAGUUUUGUGAUGAUCUCAAUCUGGACCCGGCCAGCAUAAGUGUUCUGGUAGUGGCAUGGAAAUUCCGAGCAGCGACGCAGUGCGAGUUCAGCAGGAAGGAGUUCCUCGAUGGCAUGACAGACUUGGGGUGUGAUAGUCCAGAGAAACUCCGGGCUCUGCUGCCUCGAUUGGAACAGGAACUGAAAGACAGUGGAAAGUUUAAGGACUUCUAUCAGUUUACAUUCAACUUUGCAAAGAAUCCUGGACAGAAGGGUUUAGAUUUAGAGAUGGCAGUAGCUUACUGGAACUUAGUUUUGACUGGCCGCUUCAAGUUUCUUGACCUCUGGAAUAGAUUUUUAUUGGAGCACCAUAAGCGAUCAAUUCCAAGAGAUACGUGGAACUUGCUUCUGGAUUUUGGCAACAUGAUUGCUGAUGAUAUGUCAAACUAUGAUGAGGAAGGAGCAUGGCCAGUCCUCAUAGAUGACUUUGUGGAAUAUGCCCGGCCAAUUGUGACUGGAUCAAAGCGCAAAACUGUAUAGGACUGGCUCCGCUGUUUGACAGCUUGGGUCUUCGUUGCCUCACUGAAUUCAGCUUUUUUUAAAGACUUGUAUAAAAAUUGCACACACACACACACACACAAACAAAAAGGGAAAAUAAUGAAGAAACACUUGAAAACUCCAAGCUUGAUGACAGGAGAAGGGGAUAGAAAAGACUCAGGCCUCAAAGCAGUACAAAGGAGAAGAAGUCCAGAUGAAAGUGGGAGACUCAAGAUUUCUUUUAGAGCUGUCACAUGCACAAUGUCAGCUGCUGCUGCUGGUGAACUAAUCCUGUCCAGAGACCCUGAGGGAUUCUGGGGGAUCUCCACAAAUCCAAUACCUCACCCUCAUGGCAGACAGUGUCCCACUUGCACACCUAUCCCAUUCACACUCUGCAUCACAGAACACUAGGAGAGUACAUGAAGUAACAUGUUUUACAACAGAUUUUUUUGUUUGUUUCCUGGAUAUGUACCUUCUGUACGACUUAACAUGGUGUAUAGAUCAAAUGCACUUUCAAAACCAGAGACCCCUGGACAGAGCAGCAUGCAGCUCACACCACCAGCACAAAACUUGUUGCCGUUGUAAAAUACUGUAUCUACUGUAGCAGUAUGUACAGAGAUGAAUAUUAUAAAUAAAACAAUAUUUUAUAAAAUAUGGAAAAAAGGCAUUUAUAAAUGUGUGGAAAGGUGAUUUGUGUAAAGGAAAAAUGAAUAACUCUUCUCUAAUGCCUCAAUAACACAUAUGGUUUCAUUUUAGGUCAUGUAUUACACUAACAUUUGCGCUCUUGCAGAAUCUGGUUUAAGAGCAAUGCCAUUCAGUGUUUCUCAUUUUUUGUUUAUCAGUUGCCAGAAUUAUGUAAAAAUAAAUUAUUGCCCAAGUA